UGUCACAGUUUGACAGUGUGGUGUGAGUGUGUAGGUAUGUGUGUAGGCAGAGUGAGUCUUUCUGGUCCUGUUACUCUCUGCACACCCAUAUUUGAAUCGUUUUUGUGUUUAAUUGAAAUCAAUUCUAAAAACGUUAUUUGUUCCGUUGAAUAGGCACCAUGAUGAGGAAGACAGAUCCAAUAGAGACAGAGAUUGACCUGGGAGACUCUGAUGAUGAAGACCUUGAUGCAGACCUGUAUAAGGACUGUGAGGAGCCUCAGCUGCUAUGGAAGGCUGAACUGGGGGACAGGAUGGAUGAGGAGGAGGCUGUGUCCCCGUUAGUGGAUGUUAGUGACACCAAGCCCCUGCUGAAUGAGAGAGACCCUCGAGGAGUCAACGACUGUCUGAAGGUAUUUCACACAACCUCACAUCAAUGCAUCAAUGCAUUGACACAGGAGCUAACUGAUAACCAGACGACAUUUGUUGUGUUUAUACAUUUUUACCAAUUUGAAUGACUUCAUUAAUGAGUUCUUUGUGCUUUCUGGAUUGUCACCUGAAACAGGUAAUACUGUCACAAGCUUGAUAUAAAGUGUUGUGGCGUCAAGCAUAUUAUCUGUCUUAACCCAAUUAGUCAAACCUAAUUAUUUAAACUAUCAAACAAAUCUGAAGAGUUUUAUAUUUCUACAGUAAUAUGUGGCAUGUCACAAUAAAUGUUUUUCUUAUACUUGUACUGCCCUCUUGUGGUCAUGUCAUUGACUGCAGUUUAUCGAUAUUUUCCAUUGAGUGGCAAAAACAUACUGUCUGUAAACAAUCACCCCGAGACUAUGACUCUGCCUCUAGGUGAGCUUUGAGGAUGUGAUAGCAGAGCCAGUGUCAGUACGUAGCGGAGACAGAGUGUGGAUCUGGAGCAACGCCCUGUUCGAGGUCACCAGGGUCUGGCUCUACCGCAUAGUGACCGUCCUGCUGGCCGUCCCUGUGUCCAUCAUCACCGGACUGAUCUUCGCCAUCCUCAGCUUCCAACACAUAUGGUAUGUCUAUAAUAUCAGUUCACUGACCACUGAAUACAGUACAUGCCCACUGGGCACACACUGGUUGAAUCAACGUUGUUUCCACGUCAUUUCAAUGAAAUUACAUUGAACCAACGUGGAAUAGAUGUUGAAUUGACGUCUGUGCCCAGUGGGUGAACCAUAAGUUACCAUCUUGAAACUCUUCUCUUCUCUUACUCCAUGUAUUCUCUAUCCAACCCUGAAAGGUUCUUUAGCCCAUGCGUGCGUUAUAUCCUUAUCAUCACAUACUGGCUGCAGAGCCUAUGGAGCAUCGUACUGGAUAUCGGUGUCCUCCCAUUCCUCACUAGUGCAGCAAGGUGCUACGUUGGAAUCAGACUUCGCCUGACUCAAGAAUGACAGAAUAUUGGACCUUCACACAAAAUCAGGAUUGGGAAUAUGGGAUUGUUACCCUACUAUGGAAUGUCCUCUUGGGAGACUAUCAGGCCUGGACAAAGUGUUUGUAGGAUGCUCUAGGAUCAGACCAGGGGCACAACUACCGGCUUUUUGGUGGUUCAUGGGAUCUUACAACUGAACUGAAAUCAGUGUGAUUGAUCAAGACAGGAUUUUUAAACAUUUUUUAACAAUAUCCAACAAGGUGAUUGAUUACUUAUCUAAGAAGUUGAAAAGGGGAAUGUGUAAAAUACACACUCAUUUAGGGUAAUUUUGUAUCUGGUAUGCACUUGAAUUGUGCUUUGAGGUGUCCUUUUCUCAUGUGAUAAUGUCAGAUGAUUCCCAUGUUUGAUGAGCACAUUCAAUAUUAUUCAGACAGCACUGGUAUAUAGUGUUAUCUCAAUAAAAUCUGACCAGACAGUUCAAAAUGUGCCUCCACAAUUUCUUGUUGUAUAGUAGAACAUUUAAAGUUAACUAUAGCUGUACUUUUAUCAUAUACACAACCAGUCAAAAGUUUGGACACACCUACUCAUUCAAGGGUUUUUCUUAAUUUUUACUAUUUUUUACAUUGUAGAAUAAUAGUGAAGACAUCACAACUAUGAAAUAACACAUAUGGAAUCAUGAAGUAACCAGAAAAGUGUUAAACAAAUCAAAAUAUAUUUUAUAUUUGAGAUUCUCCAAAUAGCCACACUUUGCUUUGCACACUCUUGGCAUUCUCUCAACCAGCUUCAUGAGGAGGUCACCUGGAAUGCAUUUCAAUUAACAGGUGUGCCCUGUUAAAAGUUAAUUGGUGGAAUUUCUUUCCUUCUUAAUGCAUUUGAGCCAAUUAGUUGUGUUAUGACAAGGUAGGGGGGUAUACAGAAGAUAGCCCUAUUUGGUAAAAGACCAAGUCCAUAUUAUGGCAAGAACAGCUCAAAUAAGCAAAGAGAAAUGACAGUCCAUCAUUACUUUAAGACAUGAAGGACAGUCAAUACGGAAAAUGUCAAGAACUUUAAAAGUUUCUUCAAGUGCAGUCACAAAAACCAUCAAGCGCAAUGAUGAAACUGGCUCUCAUGAGGACCGCCACAGGAAUAGAAGACCCAGUGUCACCUCUGCUGCAGUGGAUAAGUUCAUUACAGUUAACAGCCUCAGAAAUUGCAGCCCAAAUAAAUGCUUCACAGAGUUGAAGUAACAGACACAUCUCAACAUCAACUGUUCAGAGGGAACUGUUUGAAUCAGGCCUUCAUGGUCAAAUUGCUAAAAAGAAACCACUACUAAAGGACACCAAUAAUAAGAAGAGAUCUGCUUGGGCCAAGAAACUCGAGCAAUGGACAUUAGAAUGGUGGAAAUGUGUCCUUUGGUCUGGAGUCCAAAUUGGAGAUUUUUGGUUCCAACCGCCGUGUCUUUGUGAGAUCCGGUGUGGGUGAACGGAUGAUCUCCGCAUGUGUAGUUCCCACCGUAAAUCAUGGAGAAUUAACCAGCAUGGCUACCACAGCAUUCUGCAGCGAUACGCCAUCCCAUCUGGUUUGGGCUUAGUGGGACUAUCAUUUGUUUGUCAACAGGACAAUGACCCAACACACCUCCAGGCUGUGUAAAGGCUAUUUGACCAAGAAGGAGAGUGAUGGAGUGCCCCAUCAGAUGACCUGGCCUCCACAAUCCCCCGACCUCAACCCAAUUGAGAUGGUUUGGGAUGAGUCGGAUGGCAGAGUGAAGGAAAAGCAGCCAACACGUGCUCAGCAUAUGUGGGAACUCCUUCAAGACUGUUGGAAAAGCAUUCCAGGUGAAGCUGGUUGAGAGAAUGCCAAGAGUGUGCAAAGCUGUCAUCAAGGCAAAGGGUGGCUAUUUGAAGAAUCUCAAUUAUAAAAUAUAUUUUGAUUUGUUUAACACUUUUUUGGUUACUACAUGAUUCCAUGUGUUAUUUCAUAGUUUUGAUGUCUUCACUAUUAUUCUACAAUGUAGAAAAUAGUAGAAAUAAAGAAAAACCCUUGAAUUAGUAGGUAUGUCAAAACUUUUGACUGGUACUGUAUAUUCUGAUGAAAAUUGGAAUGCAUUAUAUCUAAAAUAAAUGUUAUAGAUUCAUCCCCUAUUCUUCUACGAGACACAACUUUUUUCAAUAUCAAUGUUGUACUCAGUACAGUAAUAAGAUUAAAAUAGAUUGGUAAAAGGGGUUCUUGUUAUUGAAAGGUGGUACUAUCCAAAUGUUGAAUUUAUUCCUUCACACCCACUGAUUGUAUGGUGACCUGAUCACCAAGUUUGCCGAUGACACAACAGUGGUAGGCCUGCUCACCGCCAACGAUGAGACAGCCUAUAGGGAGGAGGUCAGAGACCUGGCAGUGUGGUGCCAGGAUACCAACCUCUCCCUCAACAUGAUCAAGACAAAGGAGAUGAUUGUGGACUACAGGAAAAGGAGGGCCGAGCAUGCCCCCAUUCUCAUCAACGGAGCUGUAGUGGAGCAGGUUGAGAGCUUCAAGUUCCUUGGUGUCCACAUCACCAACAAACUAUCAUUUUCCAAACACACCAAGACAGUCGUGAAGCGGGCACGACAACGCCUAUUCCCCCUCAGGAGACUGAAAAGAUUUGACAUGGGUCCUCAGAUCCUCAAGAAGUUCUACAGCUGCACCAUCGAGAGCAUCCUGACUGGUUGCAUCACCGCCUGGUAUGGCAACUGCUCGGCCUCCGACCACAAGGCACUACAGAGGGUAGUGCGUACGGCCCAGUACAUCACUGGGGCCAAGCUUCCUGCCAUCCAGGACCUCUAUACCAGGCUGUGUCAGAGGAAGGCCCUAAAAAUUGCCAAAGACUCCCUAGUCAUAGACUGUUCUUUCUGCUACCGCACGGCAAGCUGUAUCGGAGCCCCAAGUCUAGGUCCAAAAGGCUUCGUAACAGCUUCUACCCCCAAGCCAUAAGACUCCUGAACAGCUAAUCAAAUGGCUACCCGGACUAUUUGCAUUGACCCACCUCGCUGCUGCUACUCUCUGUUUAUUAUCUAUGCGUAGUCACUUUACCUCUACCUACAUGUACAUAUUACCUCAAUUACCUCAACUAACCUGUGCCCCCGCACGUUGACUCUGUACCGGUGCCCCCUGUAUAUAGCCUCGUUACUGUUAUUUUAUUGUUGCUCUUUAAUUAUUUGUUAUAUAUAUAUAUAUAUAAUUAUUAUUUUUUAUUUUUAUUUUUUAUUAUUAUUAUUUUUUAUUUUUUCCGAUUCGAUUAUUGUUCCUAAAUCAAGGAAUACUUAUUUUGCAUUGGGUUGAUGAGUUCAUGUUUGUGAGAGAUGUUGGCAGGAGUAAUGGAAUCAUGUUAUUGGAUGAGGUAUUCGGUGUGAAUCAGAUAAUCUGGGAAUUCAUGUGAUUUCUCAUCAUAUCAGGAGCUACUACAGCUAGCUACUCAAUCUGUCCAUCUGUCUGACCAUCUCCCUCACCGAGUACAGUCAGAAAAGUAUUGUAAUACACACACACACACACACACACACACACACACACACACACCAGUGUGCUGCUCUCCUUUCUCUCCACUGAGAGUUGAACCACAUCCCAGAGUUGAACCACAUCCCAGAGUUGAACCACAUCCCAGAACACUAUUCCUCACUUUCAUCCUGACCUUUCUUUAGACUUAAGCCAAUAGUUGGGAGGUGAGGAAUUUAAUAUAAUGAUGAUUACUUACUAUAUACUGUAUAUGUAUUGCUGUAUUUUGUGGUCGCUAUGGAAACACAGGUUUGAGUGACAAGAAAAAACAGGCAGACCUUCGUGGUACAUUCCAUUUGUGGUUGCUAUAGAAACACAGGUUUGAGUGAAUAGAAAAAACAGGCAGACCUUCAUUGUAUAUUCCACCGUCAUCAGCCUGCUACAUCUCCUGCCAAGUUGCAUUAUUUUAGGUGCCUCUCAGGAUUUAUAGGGUUAAUGCUAGAAGAGAAAGCAUUUUGAUGCUGUUAAUCACCACUGUCUGCUCUCAACUUAACGUGUGGUAGUAAAUGUAUCACAAACUCAAAAUGCAUAGGCCUACAUGUCAGUCUCAGAUCUUUGCACAGUUCUCUGUCCCAGCAGCAGAUCCACCUGCUCAAACAUAUACGACAAGUCUCUGCAUGGAGGGAAUAACCAGAACAUAUCUUGGUAGGGUAUCAUAAGGCACAUGGAAAGUGUCAUCCAAUUCUCUGUACGGACAUCACUUGUCUAUAUCUAAGCAUUGCAAUAUGGCAUAACACACUUCCUGUUAGUGUACUGGUGAGAGGUUUCCAAUAUCUUCACCACAGGAGGUUGGUGGCACCAUAAUUGGGGAGAACAUGCAAGUGGUAAUGGUUGGAGCAGAAUAAGUGGAAUGGUAUCAAAUACAUCAAAGAUGUUUGAUGCCAUUCCAUUUGCUCUGAAUCCGCCCAUUAUUAUGAGCCGUUCUGUGAUCUUCACACUAUAUUGGGCUACAGUAAUUACUGUGGUGAACCAUCAGGGAUGUGUGAAAUGCAACAUUGGUCUGCUCUCUCAUUUAAGAAAUGCUUUGGGUCCCAGUGUGAGGUAUGGCAUGAGUGUGGAUAGAGAAUGGGCCUUACCGGUGUGUGUGUGUAUGGUUUGGUUUUACUCUCCUGGGGACCAGAAGUCCUCACAAGGAUAGUAAAAUAAGGAAAAUUAGGAUAAGUGGGAACAUUUCACCAGUCCCCACAAGGAAAAAAUAUAUUUAAACUUAGAGGUUAGGUUUAGGGUUAGGGUUAGAAUUAGGGUUAAGGUUUUGGGGUUAAGGUUAAGGUUAGGAUUAGGUUAAGGGUUACGUUUAGGGUUAGGGGUUAUGGAAAAUAGGAUUUUGAAUGGGAAUCAAUUGUUUGGUCCCCACAAGGAUAGUAAAACAAAGGUGUGUGUGUUUGUUCGUUCGUUGGUGUGUUUACAAGAUGUUUAUAAGCGAUAAUUAACGAGAAUGUGUUGUUGUCAACAAAGUAUGUGUGUAACUGUAGUCUAUGUGUUGUGUGUUUGUGUGUUUAUGCUAUGCUAUGGCUACAGUGGUUACAGUUUGACAGGACAACUAGGGGCUGUUAGUAGUGGCAGCUGCCUGCUGGGUGCUGCUGGCAUUCCAGGAGUGACAUCACAGUGAGGGGAAAUCCAGAAGCUUGGGUACAGCCACUCCCUGUCCCACUCCCCACACUGCCUCUUUGACCACUACAGCUACCACUACCCAGCUCCAGGAUCACUACCAGCCCUGCUCAGACCGCUCUUCUCGGACCCCUCUACUCUUCCAGGACCCGGGCCCUGCCUUGUACCUCUCUGCCCCCCUUCUCUGAUUAGCAUAUGACCGUAACCAUGGCUGACAUCAACAAUGGUUAUGAACAGAAGUUUCAGGCAGAUGGACAUCAUAAAGAGAUUGACCUGAUCAACAGAGACCCCAAGCAAGUCAACGAGGAUGUGGUGAAGGUAGGCUAUAUUACAUUUAAGUGUGUGUGUGUGUGUGUGUGUGUGUGUGUGUGUGUGUGUGUGUGUGUGUGUGUGUGUGUGUGUGUGUGUGUGUGUGUGUGUGUGUGUGUGUGCGCGCGCACCAGAUAGCUGUGGGCCUACUGAAGUACUGUCACCCCAUACUGGACUUAGAAAUGCCUUGGCUUUUUUGUGUCAAUGGCACUGAAGGAGCUUCUGGUUCUGGAGUAUGUUGUCUCAUUGUACAAAGCGUUCUUAGUCAGGUUGGGAAGAGAAGGAUGAAAAUCAUUAUAAUUAAUAAUGUAGCUAUUAAUGGAUUAUUUAUUGUAUGUUGUGUUAUGGAGUAGCCUGUGUGACAUCUUGAUCUGGCAGUGUAACCUUUGGGUUACGAUUGUGCCCCAUCUAUUUCUGGGAAGGCAAACGCAACGGUGUGAAUGGCAGUGGAAUGGAAUAUUUAUCUUCCAAGACUGCGAUCAUGGAAUUUGUUCUAAUAAAUGUUUUUACAUAAUGUCUUUGAUGGUUUUCUCUGGUAUUCUUUGAUUUGCUAAUGAAUCAUUAGGCUUUUAUGGCUUUUAUGGCUUUUAUGGCCCUCUGUAUAUGACUGUAAGUCACUUUGGAUAAAAGCGUCUGCUAAAUGGCAUAUUAUUAUUAUUAUUAUAUACAGCAAGUGUAUUCAUAGUUACCGGUAGUGGUGUCAGAUGGACUGCAGCUUACAAAUACUGUUCCUUUAAUUAGAUCUGUGACGUUAAAACAGACGGGUUGUUAGAAUGAGAACGUCUAUAUGUUGUAAUAAUGUAUCCAAUUGCCCUAUUCUGUAUUUACUCAUGAUAGACAUAUUUUUAAUUGAGCUAAAAGAAGGUCCAUGGCUGUAGCAUGAUGCGCUACAAUACCCAUAAUGCUCUGCGUAAGAUAUUAGGUUUUAUCUUAGUAAAGAUGUUCCUGAAGCUAACAUAAUGGUGUCCUGUCUCAUUGGUGUCAGAAGCGGGACCCUUUUAUCAAUUACAGUGCAAUGGCCUCUCUGUCUCCCCCUGCAGGUGGACUUUGAGGAUGUGAUCGCUGAGCCUGACGGGACUCACAGUCUGGACGGGGUGUGGAAGGCCAGUUACACCACCUUCACUGUGUCUAAGUACUGGUGCUACCGCAUCCUAUCGGCCAUUUUGGGGAUCCCAGUGGCUCUGCUGUGGGGCUUCCUAUUCGCUUGCCUCUCCUUUUGCCACAUCUGGGUCGUGGUGCCUUGCAUUAAAAGCUGUCUGAUCGAGUCCCAGUGUCUGAGCCGUAUCUACUCCCUGGCCAUCCACACCUUCUGUGACCCCCUGUUCGAAGUCCUGGGGAAGAUAUUCUCAAGUGUUCGGGUGGUGCUACGGAAGGAGGUGUAGGAUUCAGAAGCAUGGGAAUGGGACAGGGAGGUAGUGGUUAGGCUACUCUCCACCCAUUUUUACCUUUAUAUUUUAGUAAUUUAGCAGAUGCUC